AUGGCUACUUUCAGCCAUAAGCGUAGUGGUGGCGGCACGACCGCGUUAAUGCAAUCAGAAAAAGUUCCUAGCCAAACGCUCGAAUCGAGCUUUAUCCAGCUAAUACAACAAAUGGUUUUCGGGAAGUUCUUUAUCGGCAGACACGAGUGGGAGAACGUUGACAAAAACGAAUUGCCCCAGGACAUUCCCGAUGUGGAGGAAGUUGGUGCCACCUCGGCUCCUCUUUUAAGUGCCGCCUACUUCAUUGGCGCUAGAUGUAAGCCAUACAACGACGACUUCAUGAUGUGCAAAGACGAAAAAAACGGAGGCACCGUUGAAUGUUUGAAAGAGGGAAGAAGAGUCACCAGAUGUGCCGUUUCCGUGUUGAAGGAUUUGAACAAAUACUGUUUUGACGAGUUCAAGUUGCAUUACGAGUGUCUCGAGCAGGAAAACCACAGAUUGGGCAGCUGCAGAGCGUCGGAAAAGAUUUUCAACAAGUGUGUCUUUGACAAUUUGAAGUUGGAGAAGAAGAUUCCUGGUGUCGAGCAACAGAUUUUCGAAAAGGAAAACCCAAUUUACACCGGAACUGGUAAGGACAAGAGCACAGCAAAGGCGUUUUUGGACGCAAAGAAGGCUGCCUCGCCUGAGACUACUGCCUAA